AUGCAAACAGCACAGCCUUCAUCAUAUCAUCUCGAUGGAAUUAAUAAUUGUUCAAACAGCUACCUAUUCAUUAAAGGCUGUGAAAUGCCCUUUUCCGAUGGUUGGAUAAAUAUUGAUGUUGGAUUAUCAUCACUCCGAUUAUUUGAAUUCAAAUCAGAGGAAAUAUUUGGAAAAAUUAAAAGAAUUGGUAUUAAAAAGAUUGUAUGUGGAGAUUAUCAUGCCAUCUUUUUAUUAAAUGAUGGAACUGCUUUUGGGUAUGGGCAACGAACAGAGGGACAAUUGAUGGUUGAUAGAAAUUCGAAACAACAUGUUGUUGAAAUACCACUUUCCAAUAUUGAGGAUGUUUAUUGUGGAAGCAGUUUUACAUAUUGUUUGAUUAGAAAAUCAAAAUGUGAGUUCAAAAUGGUUUCUUUUGGGCAAAAUAUAAACGAAUGUUGCUCACAAAGAAAGGAGGAGGGAGAUAGGGAUGUAAUUCAUUGUAAUCUAGGAGAUGUUUAUUAUUGGAAUGAUGGAUACAGUCAACCAAUGGAAUUUCCUCCUCCAAAUGAAAUUGUUCUUGAUGUGAAAUGUGGAGCCGGGAAAGUUGCCAUUCUCACAAAACACUACAAGGAUAAUCAGAGAUUUCUAUAUUCGAUUGGGAUUUAUGAAAAGAAUUUUGGAAUUCUACGAAACAAGUAUCUCAGUAGAAGAAUACUCUGGAGAACCUACGACAAUACGGAAUAUUUAACGUUGUUCCAGAAUUACAUAGUAUUCCACAUGAAGGAGGGACUAAACUAUAGUGAUGAAGAUAUUGAAGAGUAUUCCAAUAGAAUGUUUUCGGAAAGAUUCCAGUUGGAUUAUUUUGGGAAAUUAUUUGAACUCCCGAUAUAUUCAUCUCCACCAAGAUACCAAAUAUUGCCAAACGUGAAAAUAGAAAAGAUUGUAAGUGAUUUGGCAGCUUUAUCCGCAGAAGGUGUCAUGACAAUUUAUUAUUCUCAUUUACUCUUUAACCCAACACUUUAUCAAAAGAAUAGAACGAGAGACAUGGUGGGUGUUGCAAAAAUCAAUCUUUCCCUCAAAGCUGUUGCUAAUUACCUUUCCACAAUUAGACUUUUAGGAAGUGGCUAUGUUGUGUUGGGAGACAACUCUGGAACCUAUCUAGGAGCAAGUUUAUUUGUCAAUUCUACUACCAAUACCAUCUUUGAUUUGACAGAUCGAAAUGCUGGUUUAUUACUGAGACAAUUCUUUAAUAUGAAUGGAAAUUCAACUAAUUUUGAUAAUUCCACUUCCUUCAUAAUGGUUGGAGAGCUUGAUGAAAUUUCUUACAUUAUUACACCACUCAAGUAUAGAUUAGAGAAUGUGGAUUGGAAUAUUUUCUUUAUAUUGUACGAACAGGAAGUGACAGCUACUUUAAUGUUGACAACUUAUAUUUCGAUUGGUGUGACAGCUGGUGUUGUGAUUAUUGGUUUAUUGUCAAGUUUGUUUAUAGGGUUGGUUGUUUCUAGACCUAUGAAAUUCUUGGAGAAGCAAUUCAAGCUUAUUAAGGUCUUUGAUUUGGAUAAUGUUGUUUCGAAUAAGUCAGUUUUCAGAGAAGUCAACUCAAUUUUCAAUAAUCUGGACGAAACCAUUGAUUGGUUGAAGGAAAUCAAAUCGUUCGUUCCUCCAUAUAUCCUUGAACAAAUCCAAAACAGUGAACAAGUUCAAAAAUCAAAUACCCAGGAAACAGUUGGAGAAACCAACCGAAAGUCAGUCACUUCAUUCCAUUCCCAACCUCAUUCCAAAGGUGAAUCUGGAGCUAGUUUCCACACAGUUGCUCAAUCUUCUUACAAGAAUUCAAAGUCACUUUUCAAAAUGGGAUUAAUUGAAAAUCCUUCAGCUAUCAUUACUAUUAGAACUGAAGCUGACAGUCCACAUAUUUUGGAAGAAGCUUUCAAAGAAUUGGUGGUUGCUUUGGGACCUGUCGUGAAGGUUUCUCAAGGAAAUUUGCAAAUUAUUUCAUAUAAUCAUUUCCAAUUGUCAUUCACUGCCAAUCAACUAGAUUCUAAAUUGGCUGAAAAAGCUUUUGAAACAGCACUCAAAAUUUUCAAAGCUUCUCGAUCCAUUAAGAAUCCGAUUGAUGUAAGAAUGGGUGUCUGUGUCAACAAGAGCCACUCUGGAAAUUUAGGAACAAAUACUUCAAGACAUUACAUGGUGGUGGGUAAAGCAGUUGAGCUCUCGGACAAAUACUGUGAGUUAGCUUCAUUGAUGAAGGUGAACAUAAUUUCAGAUUUAGCAUCCUUCCAAAAAUCAGAGAAAUUCAUUGCUAGACCUUUGGACAGGAUUGGUUUUGAUAUGGAAAAAGUUAUUGUCUGGGAAGUAAUUGAUAAGAAAAAUGAAGAGAAUGAUGAAUGGUUGUAUGAAUUGGAACGCUCAAAGGAGAAUAACAAGUUUAAGGAAUACUCCAAAGUAUUCGAAAUGUUGGAAGAAAAGUUCUGGGAGGUAAAUAGAGAAACUGAUGAUGUAAUUGGAGAAUUAGGUAAAUCCAUUUCAGUUCUGGAAAAUUGGUUGAAUUCUAAUAACAAGGAUUCAGGCACAGUUGAGAAAUUGUUAAACCAUCUCAGAAAAGUCAUGAACAAUUCAUAUGAUAAUAUUUCUCAAUUGAAAGAUUUUGUUAUGAGCUAUUCGACAGCUUUUGUCUCUAAGAAAUUAAUGUAAAAAUAGUAUUUAAUAAU